AUGAAGUGCAACGGAAACCAAACAGAUGUAUGCGGAGGAUCUGACCGGUUAACAUUGUACAAAUUCUACACGGGACAAGAAUCGAGCUCACCCUCACCCUCGCCAUCGCCGUCGCCAUCGCGCACCGCGGCGGCAGGCGGCGCUUCGAGCGCGCCCAUCGUCUCAAGUGCAUCGAGUGCUGCGCCUGUAGCCACCGGUGUGCCGAAAGGCUUCACCUAUAAAGGUUGCUACGUGGAUGGACCCGGCUAUCGCAUCAUGAACAGUCAGCAGCCCGAUGACUCGGCUAUGACCAUUGGCUCCUGUGCGAGCAAGUGCGCCACUGCAGGCUACUCCAUCGCUGGUAUGGAGUACAGUACGCAAUGCUUCUGCGACAACGUCAUCCGCGAGGGAGGUUCUCUCGCGUCUUCGGAUACAGAAUGUAACAUGCCAUGUGGAGGUAGCUCCAGUCAGAAGUGUGGUGCUGGCAACAGGCUCAGCAUCUGGUCGAACCAGACGACAUUGCAGAUAAUCAAGAAGCCAACACCUGUACAGAACGUAAGCGACUGGACUUAUCAGGGCUGCAUAACUGACGGAGGCAAUGGAGCAAGAGUCUUCCCCUGGCAGUUGGUCAACGCAACAGGUAACUCGCCCGAAUGGUGUCUGGGUAAGUGUAAAGAGUAUGGCUACAUGGCCGCAGGGAUGGAAUACGGAGAAGAAUGCUACUGUGGAGAUGUUGAAGGCAUUGCAAAGGCCGGAUCAACAAAAGCUCCGGACUCUGACUGCGCCACCGCCUGUCCAGGAGCUCCCGAGGCCAUUUGUGGUGCCGGCAACCGACUUACUUGGUAUAAGUGGACAGGUACUCCGCUCUACGUUUGGCAAUACCCCAAAGGAACAGCUGCUGGUCGAUACGAGUUCUUAGUCGGAGGCCCCAUUAUCCCGCUGAUCGCGCAACCGGGCAUUAACGGCAAGAUCAAUCUGCUCGAGAAACAUGGGACUGGGGCACCGAACACUACGGGUGCGUACGAGUUUGAUCCAUCCAUAGGCGGCGAUAUCUUUCACGCUUUCCGCGAGCUGAAAGGCCUCAAGACUGAUGUAUUCUGCGCUGCUGGCCUUACAAUGCCGGACCGCGCUGGUCGUCAGAUCAACAUUGGCGGUUGGUCUGUAGAUUCUCUCUUUGGAGUUCGUAUUUACUGGCCAGACGGCAAACCUGGUAUCAACGGAACGAAUGACUGGCAAGAGGAUGUCAACGCUGUCAGACUCCAGCAGCCGCGCUGGUAUCCCACGGGCAUGGUCAUGGCCAAUGGUUCCAUACUCAUUGUCGGUGGUGAGAACGGUUCAAACGGCCCACCGGUCCCGAACAUGGAAAUCCUUCCUACAGUUGGGCCCAUAUACGAAGCAGAAUACUUGCGCCAAACGGAUCCAUACAACCUGUACCCGUAUCUCGUCGUGUUGCCAUCUGGUGGCAUCUUCAUCCAGUACUAUAACGAAGCCCGAAUUCUGAAUGAGGUCACCUUGAACACAGUCAAGAUCCUUCCCAAGGUGCCAGGAGGAGUCAAUGACCCUAAGGGAGGCCGGACGUACCCUCUUGAGGGCUCUCAGGUACUGCUGCCACAGUAUUAUCCGUAUGACAAGCCGCUCGAAGUCCUAAUCUGCGGUGGAGCGACACUACAGCCGGCGUGGGGAAUCGACAAUUGCGUAAGCAUUGCGCCAGAUGCGCCAAACCCCCAAUGGGCAAUCGAGCGUAUGCCAUCACGACGAGUCAUGUCAUGUAUGGCGACUCUGCCAGACGGAACGUUUCUGAUUCUUAACGGCGCAGAGAAGGGCGCAGCAGGUUUCGGGCUCGGAGAAAACUCAAACUUCAAUGCGCUCUUGUACGACUCCAGGAAGCCACUCAACCAGCGUAUAAGCAUGAUGGCGAAUACAACAAUCGCACGCAUGUACCAUUCCGAAGCUGUGCUAAUGGAUGACGGUCGGGUACUGGUCUCCGGCUCAGACCCCGAGGACAACACACACCCCCAGGAAUACAGAUUUGAAGUCUUCCUGCCGCCAUACCUACUCUCGGGGGCCCCACAGCCUGCUUUCAGCUUACCACAGAAUGACUGGAUCUGGGAGACAGACUACGCCUUUACCAUAACCUCUUCGACCAGCGGCAACAUCAAGGUAUCUCUGCUCGGCUCAGAGUCUAGCACGCACGGCAGCUCUAUGGGAGCGCGUAUCCUAUUUCCAAGCUUCUCAUGUUCUGGUACUUCCUGUACUGUGAAAGCACCCAAAGGCCCUUAUGUCGCGCCUGUCGGCUGGUAUCGCAUGUUCGUCAUGGAUGGGCCAACGCCAUCACAUGCAAAAUGGGUGAGAAUAGGCGGAGAUCCAGGCAAACUGGGAAACUGGCCCAAUUCUGCGGCGUUCCAACCUUUGCCAGGCGUGGGCCCCGUCCAGAGUUCGAACGCUAAGGUGGCAGCUCCGAGCGCUACGAAAUCGGGCCGGUCGUUUGUCUCUUAA